AUGCCUAAGAUCGAUGGUAGCUCUUGGGUUUCUGGAACUACGUCACUUAUUUCUAUUCUUUGGUACUAUGUUUCCAAAUUAGUGAAAGGAGCGUUCAGCUUAUGCGGGGCUGCAGCAGAAGCAUUAUUCAAGUCAACGAUACAGCCGUUAAUUAAGGUAUUAACUCUGUUCUUUUGGUCGCCUGCCCAAAUAUUGCUGAAGAAUUUAUUUCGCAUCAUUUUGAUGCCAACAAAUCUACCGUUACUUUUCUUUUAUGACACGACAUUAGAUGACAUUAAAAAGGUUAAUUUUCAUAUGGCGAUUGUAACGGUUACAACAUGCAUUCAAUAUUUUAUUACAUUACUGAUCAUCGGUGUAUUUUUUGGAGUUUACUGUGGUAUAUCAUUGGGCCUGAUUCACAGAUUUGCUAGGAUUCCUGACCGUUACAUUGACCUCCCGCAAGGAAUUUUCAAUAGGGUACUAUCGCCCUUUAAGCAAAAGGAUGCUAUUACACCACCAAUAAAAUAUACUUACGAAAAUGAUAUUCCCACGCCAUCAACAAUAUCUCUCGGUAAUCGGAGCUUCCAUACACAGCGAAGAAUAUCUCGCUCUUCUCGUGGUAGCGUUUCCAACGCGGUUAGCCACUUACCUCACGAUUUCUUCCAGCCCAAAACACCUAGCAUGCAGCAGGAAAAACGCCGCCCGGAUCCCGUUAGAAUAUCUCCGCUCAGUAUGGAAAUUGAUGAUUCAAGUGAAACUACGUCAAUAUCUUCAAACAUGUGGGAUUAUACAGAAAACUUACCAGAAACCCUUAGAACUGACGUUACCGGUGGUACCUACCAAAUACCGAGGUCGUUCACAAGUGGUAGAGAUUCCUCGUCUUUACUAGCAUCUAAAGCAGUCAAACGCGGAGUUUAG